AUGGGGCAUUCAGACCAAGGCCUCGAGGCCCAGGGUACCCUCGCUCAGAAGCUUGAGAUCCCCACGAUAGAAGACCCAGUAUAUGGCACGGAGCAAGAUGUGGAGGGCCCCCCCGGAUUUUGGGCCAACAGGGCGAAGCAAUGCAUAUGGCCAAGAACCAGAAAGGCAGCCGCAAACCCAACAAGCCUGCUAUACUCCCUCCGGGGUAUGGAAUUGACAAGAGAGCCAAUCCUUCGUCAACCAAUGAAACGAGGAAAGAUGAAAUGCGUGCAUGGAUCCCAUUUCGACCAACAAGUGGGAAAGAGGCUCGCAAACGGCGAAGCCCUCCUGGCCCACGCAGUAGGGGAAAAGAUGAAGCCGGGAGAGGAAUGCGUGAAUUGCACACAGGGCGAUGGAAAGUUUGUAUCGUGCGUCUGGGUGCCCGGACAACAGCACUGCACGUGCUGCCACUGGCGAGAACAAAACCACAGAUGCAGCUUGAAUGAUGCCUCUGAGCAGGACAAUAUGCAGGAACUGCGGGACAACGACACCCCGGAGUCCAAUACACCUGGGAAUAAUGCCUCAGAGGUGAACACGACUAAGCAGGACAAUGUGCUAGACCUACGGGUGAACGACGCUUCAGAGGCCAAUACACCUGGGAAUAACGAUCUGAAAGCCCUCCAAGACAUUAUGCGGGCUAUGAAGAGAGACCGCAAGGCGUUCAAGAAGGAGCGCAAGGCACUGCAGAAGGAGCGCAAGUCAUUCCAGAAAGAGCGCAAGGCAUCGCAGAAGGAGCGCAAGGCACUGAGGGCCACCUUCAAAAGCAUGCUUGUCCGAGGCAGUUCAGCUGAUGCAUCUCGGCGGUAA